AUGACGCAGACGUUAGAAUUUCGGCUUGAAAUCAAGGAGGUCACUGAAGAAGAAGACAUGAUUGUCAAGAAAUACUACAAGAACUAUGUCCGUAAGUUUCUUCGAGUGGGCAGUCAUGGAUACUUCCUACCUCCUGGUUACAGGGAACACGCUUCGACCAUUUAUAAUCUUGAUGUAAGGACAGAUGAUGUCUGGGUCCUUUCAUUCUCCAGAUCAGGGACAACGUGGCUCCAAGAACUGGUAUGGCUUGUAGCGAACAACUUGGAUUAUGAAACGGCCACGACAACGUUGUCUCAAAGAUUUGCAUAUAUAGAAUACCCAACUUUGGAAUCGGAUAAAAAAAACCCAUCCUCGAAAGAUCACGGUUACCGUGCCACUGUCAAUGACUUCACGAACCUGAAUACGUUGGCGUCACCAAGAUAUGUUAAGAGUCAUCUACCACUCUCAUUAUUGCCGCCUAAGCUACUUGAUACUGCAAAGGAUCUACGUCUUGUCAUAGAUAAAGUUUGCAAGUUCCUCGGAAAAGACUUUUCUGAAGAACAAAAAAAUAAAUUAGCGGAAUAUCUGAAUUUUGACAAUAUGAAAAAUAGAAGUGCAUCCAAAUUCAACAAGGCUGAUGAUACUAACUCUGAAAUGAAAUUUUUUAGGAAAGGUAAAUCUGGUAAUUGGGUGAAUUAUUUCCACUCUCAGGAAUUAAUGAAAGAACUUGACGAAUACAUGGAAAGACACUUAAGCAACACAGAUUUAAGGUUUCCAGAAGUAAACAAAUAA